CUGGCGGAAACGGCGGUGGCCGCGGGGCCGGUGUCAGGUGAUCCGAACUGAGCGGCGCUGAGUCGCAGAGCACGGCGGUGCCCUGGUCUGUGCGCGCAAGUGCCCGGAGUUGCAUCCGUGCCUCGCUCGGGCUCGGCCUCUAUGGAUGAGACGAGCCCCUUGGUGUCUCCGGAGCGCGGGCCGGCCGCAGGGUAUGGGGUGCCCGGAGGGGCCGUGCGCUCCCCGCCCUGCCCCGCCGCCCCCAGCGCCCUCUCCGCGCCGCCGCCCUGCCCCUCGCCGCCCGGCUCUCCCGCAGGUGGCCGCGACCGGGAGCGCCAGCCCCUCCUGGAUCGGGGCGCGGGCGCAGAGCGUGGGGCGCGCGGGGCGGUAGGGUCGGCCGGGGCGGCGCAGGUCCAGGCUCCAGUUGGGUUAGGGGCAGCGGCUGCCGCGGCCCGCGGAGAGCGGGAGCCCCGGAAUGAAUUCCCCGACGACCCAGAAUUCGCCGAGGUGGUGCGGCAGUCGGAGCUGGCGAGCGAGCGCGGCAUCUACCCGGAGCGCAUCUACCAGGGCUCUAGCGGCAGCUAUUUCGUCAAGGACCCUCAGGGGAAAAUCAUCGGCGUAUUCAAACCCAAGAAUGAGGAACCUUAUGGGCAGCUGAACCCUAAGUGGACAAAGUGGCUGCAGAAACUGUGCUGCCCCUGUUGUUUCGGAAGGGACUGCCUUGUUCUUAACCAGGGAUACUUAUCUGAGGCUGGUGCUAGCCUUGUUGACCAGAAGCUGGAACUGAACAUUGUUCCCCGCACAAAGGUGGUGUACUUGGCCAGUGAAACAUUUAACUACAGCGCCAUUGACCGAGUGAAGUCCCGGGGCAAACGCCUGGCCCUGGAGAAAGUGCCAAAAGUGGGGCAGAGGUUUCACCGAAUUGGGCUUCCUCCAAAGGUGGGCUCCUUCCAGCUCUUUGUGGAAGGCUACAAGGAUGCAGAUUACUGGCUACGGCGCUUUGAGGCUGAGCCCCUCCCAGAGAAUACGAACCGCCAAUUGCUGCUGCAGUUUGAGAGGCUGGUGGUGCUGGACUACAUCAUUCGCAAUACAGACCGGGGAAAUGACAACUGGCUUAUCAAGUAUGACUGUCCUCUGGACAGCACAAGCGUGCGGGACUCAGAAUGGGUAGUGGUGAAGGAGCCUAUAAUUAAACUGGCUGCCAUUGACAAUGGCCUCGCUUUCCCUCUCAAGCAUCCAGAUUCUUGGAGAGCAUACCCUUUCUACUGGGCAUGGCUGCCCCAGGCCAAGGUGCCCUUUUCCCAGGAGAUCAAGGAUCUGAUACUGCCAAAGAUUUCAGACCCUAAUUUUAUCAAGGAUUUAGAAGAAGACCUCUAUGAACUCUUCAAGGUAACCACAGGCACCAGGGCAAAUCCAGGCUUUGACAGGGGCCAGUUCCACAAGCAGAUUGCCGUCAUGCGUGGCCAGAUCCUGAAUUUGACCCAGGCCUUGAAAGAUGGGAAGAGCCCCCUUCACCUGGUCCAGAUGCCCCCUGUAAUUGUAGAGACAGCUCGCUCCCACCAGCGCUCUGCCAGUGAGUCGUACACGCAAAGCUUCCAGAGCCGCAAGCCCUUCUUUUCCUGGUGGUAGCAGAGGCCUCUGCGACUCAUCGAGGAACCCGAGUUAUCACUUGACAGCGGGCAGCCAAUCCUCCAGACUGAGGCUGCUGUGCUGCUGCCGGUGGGAGAUGUAAGCAGGCGCUACCAGCCAGCCUCAACUCUGCACAUUCCCAGCAGGAAGGGAGGCCCUUCCUUAGACCUGACUGCUCCCCACCCCUCUUGCUGCGGGCUGGAAAUGCCCGCCUGCUCCCCAG